GAAAUGUGGUAUGUUUUUUUGGACAGGACAUGGUUGUCGGAGGAACAGACACAACCUCAAACACAGUUGAGUUUGCCUUGGCUGAGAUGAUGAACAAGUCACAAGUUCUGAGAAAAGCCCAACAAGAAGUUGAGACAGUAGUUGGCAAAGACAACAUAGUGGAAGAAUCGCACAUUCAUAAAUUACCCUACUUAUACGCGGUGAUGAAAGAGACUCUGCGCCUCCACCCCGCCCUGCCGCUCUUGGUGCCUCACUGCCCCACUGAGUCCUGCAUUGUCGGAGGCUACACUAUUCCCAAAGGUGCUCGUGUUUUUGUUAAUGUGUGGGCUGUGCAUAGAGACCCUUCAAUUUGGACAAACCCAUUGGAGUUUGAUCCAGAGCGGUUUUUGGGGGAUUCUAAGUGGGAUUAUAGUGGGAAUGACUUCAAUUAUUUCCCAUUUGGGUCCGGGAGAAGAAUUUGUGCAGGGACUGCAAUGGCGGAGAGGAUGUUCAUGUUUUCGCUUGCUUCGCUUGUGCACUCUUUUGAUUGGAAAUUGCCUGAAGGAGAGAAAUUGGAUUUGGAAGAGAAGUUUGGUAUUGUGUUGAAGAAGAAGGUACCUCUUGUUGUAAUCCCAACGCCAAGGUUAUCUGACCCAGCGCUAUAUGAGUAAAAUCCAGAGAAGAUUGUUACUAAAAACAAGAAAAAUGAAAGAAAAUAAGAGAAAAAGGUUCUGGUGCUUGAUGUAGGUUCCAUGUUUGGAAUGAAGGUCCCAGGACGAUGCAUUUGCAUGUUGUAUUAAUUACCCAAAAGUUGAGAACUUCAUGUUCAUUUUUACACUUGAAUUUUCAUUUUUCUAAAUGAAUUGCUGAUUGUCCAAUGCCUUUGUAAACAGACUUUUCUUUGAAAUUAAUGUGCAUUUCAAAUACUAAAGUGUUGUUA